CGAACGGAACGUUUAAAUAUCGCGUCUCGUCUCAGUUGUACGAACUUAGGUGCCACUGUACACAAUAGGGCACUUGGAAGAUACUACAAAACGAAUGACAGUCCGAUUUUCGAAGGCUUGUGCGAAGUCUGUAAAGAAUGACCACUGAAACCUAUUCUGACUUGACGUAUGAGCGAGGAAAGGUGUCAAAACGGUCGUUGAGACCAAAGCUAUUAAAAUUAACAGAUGUAACGAUACCGCACCGCAAUCGAAAAAAGAACAAAGUUAAGACCAAAGACCGCUCAGCUACUUCAGUGCGCGAGAGAAUUUACGAUGACCCGGCUUACACCGAGGAUAUAAGCCACUUGGCGAAUCCUAUGCGGCGGAAUAGCAUUUCCGGGAAGCCGUUAUCAGAGCACAAGGUGAGGUCCGACACUUGUAACCAUCCUUCGUCCAGCAGCCGGUCGGUCAAAAACCAGCUGACCAACGAGUUCCAUGAGUAUGUGACAGGAAAGCAUAGCAAAACCAAGGCCUCUGCAGCCUCUGGCAGCACCGCCAUCAGCUUAAAUUACGAAUGUGAUUCGAGCAGCACUGACAAUGAACCGCUGGUGCCAAGCAAAGGCAGCAUGACUCGCCGGGUGCGCAGUCUAGAGCGCAGUCUUGUCGCCACUGCCUCAGAAAGAGUCGAAAAGAAGGGAACCCACAAGCGCAACUCGAAGCAGAAGCGGAACCUUAGCCUGGACAAUAGUCGUCAGCUUCCUGCAGGCUAUCCGCCACGGGAAACGGGAGUUACGAGUAAGCACGGCCACGAUUUUGAUAUUAGACCCUGCAAGGAACGUAGUCGAAAGCAUUUUGGCGAGGGCGCCACGGAAGUUGCCCCAACGGAAGUCAGCGAACUAGAUGACGGGUACUCUGCCCGCAGUUCGGCUCAGGACUCUGCCGCCACAGUACAUGGAGACUCAGCCGCGUCAAAGGUUGAUAUUGGCAAACGCUUUCUGCGCGGCGAAAUUGGAAUUAAAAGCUUUAAUUACUAUCUGAUAAAGGAGGGCCUAAAAAGCUCAAAAAAAAUAGUGGACCAACAAAGAAACUCCUCUGGUCUCAAGGCUGACAAACGACAUUCCCGCAGCGAGGAGAACAUCUACGAAGAGAUUUUCUUUAAGGAAACUCCCAGCACGGUGAGCUCGACGGUCUCAGGUGCAGCAACCGGCAAUGCAAUGUCCGUUGCCUCGGCAAUGUCUGACAAAGAUGUUCACAACCAUCGCACACAAAAAAUUGGUGCUCAGCCACAUGGAAUGAGCGCAACCAGUGAAGGAAACGGAAGCGCUGUUGACGCAUUUCCAGGCUGCGAGAUCUGCAUGGAGCAGUGCAGAAAAGACAACUGCGAGUACUGCUUGGCUCACGUUGGGUCCGUAGAAAGUGGCAAGCUGAAGGCGGUGCAGCCUCAGCAAGAGCAGUACGUUAGCCAGAGACACCAACAAGAGAACACUAUUGAAACCCGGACACCGCCUACUGUUGAUGCUGGGAUCGGUUUGCCGGCUGCACAUAUUUUGGAGUUUCAGUCAUACAACCCCAAUAAUCCAGGCGUGUACAAAAUCGAGACGACCCCAGUAGCCAUAACAGGCGACUAUAAUCCGAUACUCCAGUUCCAGCAGUCGUCAGCGACUACGUCCACCUCAGCUAACACCACGCCCAGUGAACAGCAGCAGCAAAAGAUUUAUGAUGGAUACUACCUUCCGCACCAGAGGCCAUACCAGUCUCCGAUAGCUAGCAAUCCGCUGCCAAGUCACUAUGCAGUGGGUGACAGUCUGCUUUUGGCCCAAGUUGCUGGGCCGGCUUCUGGAUGUGCGACUCCACCGCGCCGACCACAACAGCAGCUCUACAUCGUGGGAUACCAGAAUGGUGGAGGGUCGGUCGCAGGAGCGGCUUCUUUGCAGAGACUAAACACGAAGUCUUCUUCCUCGAGCGACUCGCUGCCCUACCACAAAUAUAAUACCAUGGCGCGGCUAGAGGCAAACGUGUUCGCAGCACCAACUACUGGAGACUUUUACUAUGCUGUCAGUGGAACGCAGCCGCUGCAUCCGUUGAUGUAUGCUGCCAACCGACCCAUAGGAGGAUCCCAGAUACUUGUUGACCCUUACGACCCCCAGAUAUACAAGAGCGACUCAAAGGCUUCUAUUCUCAGCGAGUUCUCCCUUCGCAGCAGCGAUAACUCCCAGCGCUACUCUCGGCAUCCCCAUCGGAGACAUGGCGGGCGUGCCAGUGAUUCGAGUCUCUUUUCCGUGUACUCAAACUCUGGCCAGACGCGAUAUUUUGGGAGCUCAGAGGGCAGGUUCGGAUACGAUUGUAGGCGCUGUAGCCUGGAUGGGGUCAUCGGAAUGGGUUCCGCGGCUGGACUGCCCAUGGCAGCUUCCGAUAAGUGUAGCUAUUCCGACAACUGUCGAUACGAAUGUCGAAAUUGCGAUUGCUCGUCAAAUUACUUCAGCUCGGACUUCGACGAUGUGUACGGAUCGACAGUGCGGGGUGGAAGCAGUGGCAUUCCGCGCAAGACUGCAGCAGGAAUACUACCAUCAAGUGGACAGGACGAGCCCGCAGAGCUCUUGGAAACCGGUCGACUAUCAAUAGAUCAGCAGCAAUACGCAGCUCCACUGGAUCUAAAACAGAACAAAUACGCGCAGGAUUUUUUCAAACAUGUUAACGACGUGAAACGCAGCAUUUAUCAGUCUGAAAUGCAGAGAAACAAUAGCUUAGAACCUACGAGACGGGGUCCGAGAGCCAGUAGCAACACAAGCAGCAAUCCGAAAACAAGUCCCAAAGCCUCCCAGGAACCCUGGCAGGAGCCCGUAGUAACUACGCUUCCGUUGAGCAGAGGGCGACCGACUGCAGGAGUGAAGCCCACGCCUGCACCAAGAACGAGUCUACAGGGGCAGACCCCAAUACCAGAUGGUACCGUACCUAAAGACCCCACGCCUAGCAAACGUAAAGGUCAACCGACUGGUCGGAGGGAGUAUCCUUCUUUGGACCGACUCGUAGCGUCUUCUACGGGAACUAUUCCUAAAAGGCACUACAAGACCAUAGCGGAGACGGACUUACAAAGCCUUAAGCUGACUCCGAAGGCUAGAUGUCUUGGAACUUAUGAUGCUGACAAAACCAAUACUGCUGUCGAUGAACAGAUGGCUUUACCCCUGGUCAAACGGCACCAUCGCACUAGCGGAUCGAAGAUACAUCAAAACACACCCGGUCCCAGUCUACGCCGGAAAGACGUUCCGGCACCUCCUCCGCCUUCUCCUGCUACAUAUUCUGAUCUUCAAGAGCUUAAGGCUAAUAUGGAGGGUCUUCAAGACGAUACAAAGUCGCGAAGCUUGGAAAUCGAAAAUAACGAUCUAGCGGUAGCUGAAAAGUCAAAGCAAUCAGAAAAAAAAGUCGUGCUUGUUCCGUCUAAAAGAAAGCUGGAACCCACAACAGGUGGGCCGGAUGCAAAUGCAGCGGAGACUGAUGAUAACGACGUAUUUUACGAUGCACGCAGCGAGGACUCUACCUGUGGUAUCUUGCCUUCGGAAGCCACUGUCAUUUCGAAAAAGAGUCCGUCUCACAUGACACAGGUACUGGAGAACAUUAUUACCAACGAGAAUCGCAAGGCCGCUAAUGACAUCGAAGUGGCGCAUUCUGCCGAGGAUGUCCAUACCCAACCUCCAGCCGAGCCUGCGCUAGAGAGGCGGGAGCAGGCGUCCACCAUCGCGGGCAAGCCGGAAGGGAAUGCCAUCAAUAACGGCAGCGACAACACCGAGUUCCCAAAAUGGGAGGUCGGAAGGCCGGCUGAGGCGCAGAGUCAACUGGACUCGCUCACAUGCCUCCGUCCCCGGUCCCGUCUCCGUCCCCGUCCCUCGUCGUCCAAACUGCCCCCCGAAUCCAGGCACACGACUGUGGGGGAAAACAGCGAAAAGACAAGCAAAACAAAACAUGACAAGCAGACUCCAACAAACGCUCCCCGGCAACAUGUCGUUCCAACAUGUUUGGAGGAGCAAGGCACCGGCGGGCCAGCAACAAAUGUUGCUCCCGGAAUCUCAACAACCACCAACGCUGGCAACUUUAGCGCCAGCAACAGCGCAGUCGAGCUGGAGUUUAGUUGCAAGACGGGCAACACGGACAGCGCAACGAUAGCGGCGAAACACAGAGAUCAGACCCAUUGCAAAACAGUAGCACUCAAGGACGCCUGUUUGGACUCCAGCGAGGCCCAAUCGGACGAUAGCCAUUUGACACGCGAUUCCAUUACCCGGGAGUCCCAGAACGAUGAGCUCUCUUCCUCGACCCACGAAAAACUAGACGUCAGCACACUACCGCUGCCCGCUCUCCCCAAGCGCCGUCGAACACGCUCCCGUACCAGUCCAUCGAAACAUCUGCAGCAGCGUCUGCAGCAGCAGCGUCAUGAAGCCGUCGAAGAUGUCAAUGCUGCUGAUGAAACACCCGCAACAGCAGUCCAUCAGCUACUCAACCCACGUCAGCGACCAGUCACUCCAGAAUUCGAAAAGUCAGAGAUAGGCGCGCAGAAGAGCAACGCAGCCACCCAGCAGCAAAAGGAGCCGAAUUCGCCACAGCAGCAGGCACACCUCUCCGCCUUCCAGCAGUACGUUGCAAAACGACGAGAGAGUCUCGAGGCAUCCAACCGCUGUUUCAACGAGAAGCUGGAGGCGCGCAACAUGCACUACCAUAUGAGUAGCAGUGGCGCGAAUGAAAACACUACGGGCUCUAACGGAGUGCCCACGUAUCUAUUCGGAGAACACUUCCAUGGGGUGACCGGCUCUGGGCGAAAGUCCAUAUCGCCCGCCACCACCAAGGAGGAAAUAUUCCUGAACAAGUCCGGAUGGGUGCAGGUUAACACAAAGCGGGGGAGCCAGAAGGAUGACAGCUGUGACUAUCGCCGGCUCAGCUAUAGCCAGCAAAAUGGAGGAACACUCUUCCCGGAAAAUGGAAGAGGCCGAACUGGGGCGCGGGCGAUUCCUCCGGACCAUGGGCGUCUCUUAGACUUGGCACGGCAGUCUUUUAUUCAACAGCACCAGCCACAGCAGGCCAACGUUGGCAUGACUGAGCCGAAGUUUGUCGGAUCCAAGGUGGAGGAGCUUAUACAGAGAAACGAAGCCCGGCUAUGCGGUCUCUCCUCACGGGACCCUGCGCUCCGCCCCGGUUAUCGGAUUAUCGAUCCCCAACUAGCGAACAUCCUUAACGAGCGGCCUGGAUUUUUACCAGUAAAAAGCCCGAACGAUCUGGACUCCCCCAUAACUCCGAUUCUUUCGCCACCACCCGCUUUCCAGGACAACAGCCGUAGUGCGCGUCAUCCGGACCGUCGCAAGCCCUUUCGCCAGCAGGGUUUGCUGCCGCUGCCUGUGCCACUUCAGACGCAGACCCAGUUGGGCACUCAGCAACCAAAUCCUGGUUCCAGCAAGGGCAUGGUUUUUUCCCGCAGUUUUGAAUAUGACACGCGCCGUCCCACGCCUACCGACAGCUAUGUAGAAACGUUUUCCCGCAGCUUUGAUGGAAACCUAUCAGAACGUCCGCUGAACCUGGCAGUGCUAUCAAGCGAACGGGAACGGUCGCCCAACUUCAGCACCCUGACCGGCAACUCACCUAAUUACCUUACGAAGCGGGAGAGCGGCGGUGGCAGCAGUGGCUCCCUUCGCAGCCGCGACAACUCGCCGAAAUACUUGCAUCCGCAGACGACAACAGCCUACAUGAAUGCCGCUGUGAAGGAGGCGCCUCCUGUCUACAGCGCAGACCUCGGCAGUCAGGCUAAGAACUCCCCGCGUUCCCGUCACGAAAGGACUGCUGAGCGAUCCAAGAACCACGCACUAGGACGUUCCCGCAAGUCCCAUUUCAGCCGGGUGGGCAGCGCCGGACCUCUGGCAGCGCAUUCCAGCCCGCCUAAUACGGUAGUAUCGCGUUUUCGAAGCUUUGAUACGUCGAAGAGCCAGCGCCUCAAUUCCUGUGACAGUGGCGCGAGAUCAGAUCUUUCCAAUGAUGAGCUGGACAACGAGGAUAGCGGCCUAAGCGAGUUUCUUGCUUCUGUGAGCCACAAGUUCCCCAAAGUCGGAACGAGUAGCGUCAGCAUCUCGCCAUUCAAGAUGCAGCGCCAAAGGUCUCUUACACCAGAUCGCAAAGAGUUCCAUAGCUCAUCCAGCAGUAUACGGAAGCAAAGAUCGCUGACCCCCGAAUCCAGGUCCUUGACACCAGAGGAGCGACGCAAGAAGGGGUCGCAGGUCUCGUUAACCGGCUCCCGUCAGAAUUCCAUCUCCAAGAGCAACACGUUGGAGGCCCGCCAACGGAACGAAGAAAAAACGCCGCCCAACAUAUCGCGUAGCUCCUCCAGCUCCAGUUACAGUGGCGGCGAUUCCCAUGAGCACCACACUGCCAGCACCAGCUUGACUGUAACAGCCUCCACCGCCGUUCCCGGAAGUGUUUUCACCACUCAACGACGCGCAAUAGCCGCCAAGCAAGCGGAGCAGGAGCACCGCAUCCGUCGCUCGAGAUCGUUACAACUCACCGAGCGCUCUCCAAAUCGAACGCACAAAUCAAUCGUCAACGUUAGUGCUGUGACCGCCCAGCAGCAGCAGGCGUCAGGAUCCUCCUAUCAGCAACCCCGUGUUUCAGGCGGAGGAGUGUUUCCAGCCACUAUUCGAGGCUCUCCAGCCGCGGCAAAGAUUCAUGUCAACCCGCCUGCGCCGUCCAGCAACUCGGUGAGAGUCCGACAAAACGAGAAGGACAAGGCUCGAUCCUUUGACUUCGAUUACGACAACUACAAUCGCAGUGGAGGUGCAAAUAAUUCAGGCCGGAACGCUCACACGAGUGGCAGCGGAGGGGAAUACGGAAGCACCCAAAAUCUGCGGGUUGAGUCCCGCUCCUUUGACGACGACUUUCGCGAAGCAGUGCCCAACAAUAACAACGGCAGCAAUGGGAGCGUCAGCGUAAGCGGGCUGCGGUUCUUACAGACUGCCACCGAUUCCGGACACGUGUCGAUGGCCUCCACGUCAUCGUCCCGCCUGCGCAAGUCCAACUCUCCCGUUAAUGCAUCUGGCAUGGAGUCGUCGCGCUCGCCCCAGUCAUCAGGGUCCUCGUCAAACAAUCUCCACCAGCCGACUAGACAAUCGGGUAGCCCUCAGAGUUACGGGACGCGUCUGUGCGACCACGAGUUGACCUACGAAAUGAUGCGAAAGUCUCCGAUCAUGAACUUUCGCCGAGGAGACAGCAGUGACUACGAACUGCCGGUAAUGCUUCGGAACAGAGAAACCAUCAACUCCGGGGGCAACAGCGAACUCAACUUUAUGAGUAACGAAACGCGAAUCUACGAACACCCGACAACCGUGCUGAAGCCGCAGCGCUCGUUACGCCAAAGUCCGGGGUCACGGGACGACCUUACUCUAGAGGUUGCUGUCGGAGUGGGUGGCGACUACAUUUACAGGCAGCCGGCCGCCCAACCGCGAAGCAGCAGGACAACUACGGCCACCACCAAAAGCUGCAGCAAGACUCUGGAUACCUGCGAUUAUUGGCCCAGAUGCGUGGCCUGUCAGGAAGAAAGGGCUCCUGGAGCAAUCAAGAGGCACCAGUCCUUGUCCAGCGUAUCUAAUAUCGAUCUGGUCACUUCAGUGACUGUUAACGAAGACACCAAAGUCGUGGGCACAAAACAGGCAGGCGAAGAAAAAUCCAAUCCGUCGUGGACCUUCUUGUGUAGCGGUAUUGCCAGUAUUUGCCAUCACUCGGAGACGAAGGAAGUUGAAGAGAAAGUGGUCCAAGGAGCGACAGAGGAGGACGAUAUUGUGCUCAGUUACACCCAGGACCGGCAGGACCAAGCGAGGGUCGUAAGCGACAUGUGCCACAGGAGAGGACGCUGUCGGUCUCUGCCAAGUCAGAAGCUGCGGAGACCCCAAAUUACGGGAAUCCCAAAAACCGGAAACAAUGGAAUACGGUUAAACAGUGGCUUUGCUGUGGGUUUGUCGCAGCAAAUGAAGGCUGCCUCUAGUCCCACUCUGUCAGAACCCCUCUCAGAGCCGGCGCAACAGAAGCCAGUGGAGAGUACGGAUGUGGCCGUAACAGACACCAGCAGCAGAAGUGGAGGUGGCGGCCUGGGCGUCUUGCAGAAAUUCAAACGUACUCUGAACAACUUUAACAGGAACCAAAUGCACAUCACUCCGUUACCACCGCCUGCAAUAGUCGGGAAUCAUUCAAGGACGUCCCCAACAACACCAGCAGUGUCCAUCACAGCUCCGGCCAGUACGACGUCAGCCAGCGAACACGGGGCAGAGGGUGUUGAUGCGAGCUCAAGCAAAUACCGAUUCGGGCCCCUAAUAUGGCGCACGUCCAAAGAGCGGCGCAAGACAAAGUUCAACCGUCGGGACAAGUGUAACUCCGGGGACUCAGGAAUCCAGAUUGAGCUGGAGCAGGAUGAGCAAUGCUCUCGUGCUCUGGGGCCUAAUAGGCAGGGGAUAGCGGCUUCUGCUGUUUCUAGCAAUCUUACGUCCAGUGCCGCAGACUCAAAAGUUCGUCCAAUUCGUCGAACCAACUCGGCCAAGGCGAGCAGCAUUCUCGGACCCUUUGCUGUAAAGUCCAAAAACGCCAGGCACCUAAACAUGGGGGAGUUCAACAAAGGGGAACGCGAAGCGCCCGAGUCCUUGCCGACGCGAUCGCUCAGCCAACCAAAUGGCCUGGAGUCCUACGGCAUGGGAAAUCCGGAUAUUGACGACAGCGACAGUGACAGUGUCGCGUCGAACGAGGAAGCUAUCAGCUACUACCCAACCAUUUAUGCAGAAGUGCUCUACAACUUCACGGCUGGCGGACCACAAGAGCUGGGCCUUGAGCGGGGAAUGCUUAUUGAAAUAUUGCGCAAGGAGGUUGGACCUUGGUGGUUUGGCCGCAUUAAGAAGGAGGAAAUCAAUCUCGUGGAGGAAAUUUUAGAUCCUGAGCUGGGCUGGUUCCCUAAGGAGUUUGUUCGCAUUAUUCACUGUCCUGAAACGGACAUCUUCUUUAACGCGCACAGGGCUGACGCUGGCGCGGAUGCUCAGGAAGCUACAACUCUUGGGGAGGAAGGGUCGCUUCCUGUUCCUGUUGCGACGUUCGCCAAGAACGCAGAAGUAACCGUGACUACAGACCAAAGCAAUAUCACCCUUAUUGUCAUUGAAUCGCCACCAAACCCGCUGAGUGCCCAACUGGACCACAAUGCAAUCCUGCGACGAAGUGCUGUACGUGAACUGCUCGAUACGGAGGUUAAUUAUGUCAAACUGCUGGCAUCUAUUUGUGAUGGGUAUCUUCCUGCCAUGAGCAAGCGCAUCGAUAUAUUCUCGCCAAGCAGUAUUCGCCUGAUAUUUUCCAACAUUACGACCAUCUACAAGUUCCAGCGAAAGUUUCUUGAUGCCUUGCGACGAGGGAUCGAACAAAACCAGAUUGCAAAAGUGUUUCUUAAAAUGCAUAAAGGAUUUCUAUGCUACUCAAGCUACUGCAACGCAUAUCCCCGAGCCCUAAUCGAACUUGAGACUUACGAUCGCGUUAAGGACGCCCGUACUAUCUUGGAAAACUGCCGCGAGUCCGAGAACUUGGCCGAGUUACCACUCUCCGCCCACCUGCUGGCACCAGUGCAACGCAUCUGCCGCUAUCCCUUGCAUCUCAACGAGAUCAUUAAAUCGGCAUUGGAAAACGCGGACAAGGUAGCGGAUGGUGGUGCCAAGCCAAAUGCCGCCGUCGACUACGAGAAAAUUAACGUCAGUGAACUAGACAUACCAGACUCCCAAGAUACUGUCAAUUUGGCGCUGGAGGCCAUGCGUGGCAUCACGGAGGCGGUCAAUGAGGGAAAACGCCACAGCGAGACGAUCGCAAGACACCAGGCCAGCUUUCAGAACUUCAAAGGGCCACCGCUGCACUUGCACAGUGCUCGUUUCUUCCUGCAGGUCGAUGCUACGCGCCAGAAACAGAAUCUGUGGAACAGCAGCUACACUCUGUUCUUAUUUGACAACCAGCUGGUCUACUGCAAACGUGAUAUUAUCAAGCGGAGUCAUUUUAUCUACAAGGGACGCAUUUUUUUGGACCGAUGUCGCGUUGUGAACGUGAGGGAUGGAAAGAUGUUUGGGCACACCAUCAAGAACUCGCUUCGCAUCUACUGCGAGUCGCGCGACAAAUGGUAUGAUUUCAGUUUCCGAUCGGCGAACCGGAAGCACCGCUUCCUCAAUACCCUCGCCCUGGAGCGUCAGUUUGGCGGCAAAGCCCUAUAUGUAUCGGAGAUGACGGGCUUUGAGUACAAUUAUGAGGAACGGCCGGGAGAUUGCUCUGACCAAUCGGACUACGAGGCGCAAGACUUUGAUUUAGCCACCACGGGAGCUACAUCUGCCAGCGGUGAGAGUUCCGUGCCGGAGUCACCGGCCAAAUCAACGUCCCGCCUGUGCGAGACGUUGCCCAAAAAAUCGCAGUCCAGAGAUGGCAUAUCCAGCGCAGACCCAGCGAACUCUCAAAUAUUGUCCACCACGUCCACAGGUUCGCUGGGAAGGCGCCAUUUCGGCAACUGGUUUCGUAAACCCAAAAGCGCCAACUGCACACCGAGUCAGUCACCUACGCAUAAGCCGGGAUUUGACGCGGACGCGACGCUGACGGAAGCUCGGGUGGCUGCAAUGGAACUGGCCGAAGCCGCAGCUGCACUACUGCCGGCGGACAGUUCUUCCGCGUAAAUGCUCGACAUAGUUACGAAUAGAAUUGCAAUAACCCAAACAUAGCAUUCAUCAUACAAGAUACAAGCAAAUGUACUCGUACGUAUGGUAAAAAAUAUUUGUUACAAUAAUAGUAAUGGGUGGUCGAAUGAGUAUUACCUACUGAUUGAGUUUAUGGUAGUGUUACUUUUUUGUUCAAUAUAAAAUUAUAUUUGUUUUUGUUUAACGCCGUUUAUCGUUUAAAUCCCUCAAUGUCCGCUACAGGUUUGUUGACAGCCAAAUGUUAUUGAGGUAAUAAGAAUUUUACGUUUUAUAUUUCUGCAUUUCAAUGCGGUUUUAUAUAAAAAUGUCACCGACUGCUAGUCUAAAAACCCCAUUACCUGUCCAUACUUGUAUAUUUAGGUUACGUGAUAAGCCGAUAAUGAACACCCGCAAAUUAUUUCAAGAUUUCUGUUUGUGUAUUCACAUUCGCUUAGAGACCUCUAAAAGCCCCUCAAGUUGAAAAGAAAACUACCCACAGAAUUAAUAUUGAGAAACUUUUAGAAAUUAUAGAUACUUUAAAUAUGACACAUUUUAACGAGAUUGAGUACAUACUCCUUGUAUUUAACGUAUAUUGAAAUAUGGAAAUUAUCAUGGCAUUUGUUACUGUUUUUGCUAGGCCAAUCCACAAGGGCAUAUAUUCAAAGUUAAAGAUGCCAAACUUACAUAAAAUUGUACGAAACAUAUUAAUAAAAGUAGUAAAGUAUCGAUAAAGGAACCAAUAUUAUUGCAUAUGAAAUCGUUCGCAUUAUGAUAUAAAACAAUAUUGUAUUAUAUAGAAAUUGGUUUGAUUGUCAUUGAAGUCGUAAAAUUAGCAAAUGUUAACAAUUUCAUAUACAAGCAAAAUCAACAGAAUAAUUGAGCGAAUUUAAUUUUUUCUAAGGAGGAACUCGAAUGUAUCCGAUUAGUAUUUAAAUUAUUGCCCACACAGUUGGCAAGAAUAAGUUGAUCAUUUAAACGGCAGUAUAAGUUAAUCAAGAGAUAUAAAUUCAUUAAGCAAUUUACUAUUUAAUAGACUUUGCCCAAAAAAAGCUUAUUAGUUUUUGCAAAAUAUUAAGAUUUUCUCUGUAAAAGUAUGCGCUGAACUAACUUACAACACAUACUUGAAAUAAAAUCUGUUUAAGUACAGCACUAAAAAAUUAAUUUAUGAAAUAAAACAACAUUGCAAAAUGCGUUAAUAAUGUAAAUAGAUCAAAAUAGUUGUCUUAAGUUAUGGAACUAUUUACAUUACUCAGCGCACCAUUGUUGCACUUUAUUUUAACAAAAAUGAAUAAAUGAAAACGUUUUGCCAAAAACAAAUUUUACAAAAAUGGCAAGCGUUAUGCGACUGAGCAAUUAAUAUUAGAUGGCGUACACGUUUUAAACCAAUCGAAAACGAACACCCGCUCGUAACCUUAACCGGAAACAACUGUAGCCACUUAGCAACCACAAAUAUGCUCCAUAUGCCAAAUAAAUAAAUAUAUAUUUAUCCAAA